ACUGGCACCAUUUUCACGAACCUCUCGAACAAUUUUAGAUGCAGUUUUAUAAAGUCUUGGGACUUUAACGGAGUGUACAAAUCCGUUAGACAUGUUAUUACAUCAGAAACAAUUACUCGUAAAAAAUGAAAUUACUUAUAAUCACAAAAUAUCGGAUCAAUCGGUCGAACGUCACGUGGAGACGUAUACGCCUCGUGCAAACCAAUUUAGAGUAAAAUCAUGCUUUUAUGAACAUAAAAAAAAUUCUGGUGAUAGUAUGAACUUCCCUAUAUUUCAUUAAAAAUCCCAUUUUUGGUGAACUUGCGAGAACCGACUGUCAUCCGUGGCCCUCUGUUGGAAGAUUGGUAUGACUAAUUUGGUAUUUGGAAUAGGCGUAGGAUUAUUCCUUAUUUUAAGUCUAUGGGCACUGGCGCUAUUUGUAUUUAUUAUUACUUUAAGAGUAGAGAAGAAAAUCGGUGCAAUUGCUAUAUUGAUUGUGAGCAUAUGCACAAUUAUUUUAAUUGCUUUGCCUAGAGCAACCGAGAAAUCUAUUUCUGCUGAGAAAAAGACAUAUGAUCAUUUAUUUGUUUGGCGUAUUCUGUUACUUGUACUAUUAAUUAUAUCAUCCAUCAUUGGAUUGAUAGGAUACAUUAAAUUUGCUAUAACAGAAUCUGUUAAACCACUUCGAAUAACUAAUUGGGUAUCUUAAAUACUUAUAAAAUUUUUAAUGAAGUAGGAAUAUUGGAAAACAUAAUUGCUACUUUUUAUUGAUCAUGUAUAGUGAUUAAAAAAAGAGUACAUCAAUCUUAUUUCUGACCAAUUCAUCUUUUUAGUGAUACAGACAGUACUUAAAACGCUAGAAGAUGUUGCGCCAUCCUAGUAAGCUUGCAUCAAUAUUAGUACGCGGUGUUUCUCUGUCUCGACAGCAGAAUAAACAAUUUGAAAUUAAUAGUAACAAAGAAUUUGUUAGCAAGGUAAUGAAUAGUUCAGUACCAGUUAUUGUGAAUUUUCAUGCUCAUUGGUGUGAACCUUGUAGAAUACUCACACCUAAGUUAAUAGAUCUCAUAGAACCAUUGGAUAAAUUAGAUCUUGCCAUUAUAGAUCUAGAGUUAAAUCCAGAAUUAGUACACAUCUUUGAAGUAAAAGCUGUACCUGCUGUUGUAGUAAUUUCCAGUGGACUAGUUAUUGAUAAAUUUAUAGGUUUAGUUGAUAUCAAGACGAUAGAAGACCUAAUACAUAAACUUACUCAUCAAAAUGUACUGCCCCCUUCAGAUUCUGAAGGUGAUAGGAGAGAAACUUAAAGAUCUCCAUACUAUUGAUGUGUAUCAUAUAAAAUGACUCUAAUAAGUUUAAUUAAAUGUGUUUUCAAAAUUUAGUGAGCAUAAAUUCUUUUUCAUCUGAGGUUUAUAAAAAAUCUAUUCACCAAUCUGAUACAAUUAUUUAGUCAACCUAGAAUCUAUAGAUUGUGAUUCGAAUUUGUUACAAAUUAAUUAAUGUUAAAGUUUUGUAGUAUAUUAUGCUCUACUUUGAGUCCAAGAAGUACAAUAAUUACAAAUAAUGAAUAUUACAAGUAAUCAUUGUAUAUAUCCCACUAUUUCUAAAAUAUCUAUCAUUCUGAAAUGCUGUUCUAUUGAACAAAUAACUUCGACCAUACUUUCUGAUUCUAAAAAUAAUAUCUCCGAUAAUAAAAAAUUGUAUAGUAUACAAUAUUUAUUAUUUAAAUAUAGUUUAUAAUAUUUUAAUGUAAUAGACAAUCCAAUAUUUUCUCUAUCUGUAAAAGUGCAAUCUCUUUAAUAAAUGU